GUAAGGGAGGAAGCGACUUCUCUUCAACAUGGCGGCGACCAUAGACAACAGCAAUGCCGUACAGGCGACAAAGAAAAAGCACCUCGGGAUCCCCGAAGCGGUGUUUGUGGAGGACGUCGACUCGUUCAUGAAGCAGCCCGGCAACGAGACGGCAGACUCGGCGCUCAGGAGGCUGGACGAACAGUACCAGAAAUACAAAUACAUGGAACUCAACCUGUCUCAGAAGAAACUCCGGUUGAAAAACCAGAUCCCACAGAUCACCCAGACGCUAGAAAUCCUCCGACACAUGCAGAAGAAAAAGGAAACCACGGAGCCCAUGGAAACGCACUUCCUGCUGGCCGACAACGUUUACUGCAAGGCCUCCGUGCCGCCCACUGACAAAGUUUGCCUAUGGUUAGGGGCCAACGUCAUGUUAGAAUACAACAUCGACGAAGCCCAGGCUCUCCUAGAGAAGAACCUGUCCACGGCGUCUCGCAACCUGGAGACGCUCGAGGAAGACCUGGACUACCUGAGAGACCAGGGCACCACCACCGAAGUCAACAUGGCGCGAGUCUACAACUGGGACGUAAAGAGGAGGAGCAAAGAAAACCUCCUGAAAUCCGCAGCCAAGUCUUAAUUAAACAGAACAGUGUCUAUGUUCCUCCCCCCUCUCCUCUGCUAACUUCCUCCUUAGUCAUUAAAAGAAAAAUAAACCCCGAGCUGAAGUCAUGCGUAUGUUGACCCCUUUCUGACCGCCGGAGCUCGGCUCACGGAGGCCUCGUCUGAAACGUUACUGGAAGUUUGAAGCUGCUCCGGUCGAGCGUUUUUGUCAUAGUUCAGUCUUUCCUCAUCGGCGUCUCCUCCGUCAAACCUCCACCACUACUGUUUUCUGUUGAUUUUUCUUUCUUUUUUUACUUUUUAAAGUAUUUUUUCAAGUAAAAACUAACGUCAACAAGGCAGUUUUGUAUUCUUUUUAUUGAUUUAACUGUGUUCCGCUUUUUAAAAAAAAGUUGUUAUUAUUAUUUAUGUCUUCCGGCAGAUCAGAAAUGAGGGUUUACUUACACCAUCCUGUCCUCCAUGGAUUUUCCUCCUGUGUCUUCCACUAAAAACUUUCUCUCAGACGGCAUCGACACGCACAUCAUUACACGGUUUCCGUUUCCUCCCAUAGAGCCUGGCCAGUAUAGCUCUCGAAUAAACUGGUUUUGCCUUGUAAACUUUGGUUCCCACUUCCUGCGACUUGCAGGGUUUCACAGAGAUCAGCAGGAUUCCUCCGCCAGACCUGCCGCAGUUCUCCGUCCUCUGACCUUCCUCUCCAUAUUUCCUCCUUCUCUGUCUUCCUCCUCUCCUUGCCACUGUUCUGUCUGUAUUUAUUUGUCUUCCACUGUAUUCAUUAAACAAUGAAUGAAGUAAAAAAAAAAAGA